CAUGGUUUUUGUUUCUUAUCAAAGCCCCAUUUGCGAAGAAGGAGCAAAUUAUCUCUUUUGGCACAAAUUUUCCUUCUUUUCUUGUUUCUUUGACCAAUUUCUUUUUUAUUCGUUCUGUUGUGGAUUUUCUUCAUCUGGGUUUCUCUUCCUUCUUCUUCUCACUAGUCUUUCUCUUUAACACUGUUUUGAAUAGAAAUAUCAUCAACUACACAAUGGAUAUUCUGCAUUUCUUUUUCGGAGUCUGUGGAAAUGCUGCUGCUUUGUUCCUCUUCUUGUCUCCAACGAUAACAUUCAAGAGGAUCGUAAAGAACAGGUCCACAGAGCAAUUUUCAGGCAUUCCGUACGUGAUGACUCUGCUGAAUUGCCUUCUUUCAGCUUGGUAUGGAUUGCCUUUUGUAUCCCCAAACAACAUUUUGGUCUCAACGAUCAACGGCACAGGUGCAGCCAUCGAGUUCAUAUACGUGAUGAUCUUCAUCAUAUUUGCACCAAAAAGGGAAAAGGCCAAAAUUCUUGGCCUCCUAACGUUUGUACUCACUGUAUUUGGAUGUGUGGCUUUUGUGUCACUUUUUGCUCUGCACCAUAACGCUAGGAAGUUGUUCUGCGGCGUUGCUGCUACUGUAUUCUCCAUUAUCAUGUAUGGCUCACCUCUAUCAAUCAUGAGGCUGGUCAUAAAAACCAAGAGUGUGGAAUUUAUGCCAUUUUUCUUGUCACUGUUUGUGUUCUUAUGUGGCACUUCAUGGUUCAUCUUUGGCCUACUUGGCCGUGACCCCUUUGUGGCUGUGCCAAAUGGCUUUGGUUCUGCUCUUGGAACAAUGCAGCUGAUCUUGUACUUCAUCUACCGUGAUAGAAAGGGUGAGUCCAAGAAGCCCAGCUCAGAAGAGACUAUGGAAAUGGGCCUUUCAAAGCCCAACCAUGUUAAACAACAGAAUCCGAACCCGAACCCGAACCCGAACAAAACCCAAAAUGGGUCCAUCUAGAGACAACGUCGUGUGCAUGCUUCAUGAUUCGCACACUUGGAUCCUGCGUAUUCUGUUAAAAAAAAAAUCUCCAGUUUUCAAAAAUUGGCUUUCAUUUAUGUUGUUGUUGUUGUUGUUGUUGUUUGUUGUAGUAGUAGUUUUCAAUGGCUGCUAAGAGCUUGCCAAUUAGAUAAAAAAUGCAGAGGAAUAGAGACCAAAAAAAAAAACUAGGAUUUGUUUAAGUGAAUCAUGUAAGAACUUUUUUUUUUAAUUUGAGUGGCUCAGAUAGUUAGUUGCA